UCCGGAACGAAAUCUCACUCCAUCAAAAUGAAGUCAUCAAGCCGGGUGUGGGUCAUCAGCGUGAUCGCGUCCAUGAUCGCACACGAUUCCGCCGGAUUAAGCCAUAACGACACCGCUGAGAUAAUUCCGAGCGAACCGAGCCAUCAUCAGCGAUCAAAACGGUCGCUGUUUUUCCCCUACAAUGCUGCCCAGGGUCUUAUUGCGGCAAUCGCGAUCCCGUUAGGCGUCCCGGAUCGGAACAUCUUCAUGUCGUACAAUUUCGAGGGAAACUACAACGACCCGACGCAGUCCAACGUCUUCACCGAGGGACUGUUCAACUUUAUUAUUGGUGAUCUGGGGCUGCCACUUACAUCUCCCCUGCUUCAAAUUCAUCGUUCUUUGGACGAAAACCCGGCUGUGAUCGACAAAUCUGCUACCACGGCCCAAAUCGAAGACGAAAUCACAACAACUGAUCCUACGAUGAUUUCCCCAUCGAGCCACCCGAUCCAGCCUGCGGGAGACCUUCUCAAAACCCUAUUUCGCCGAUCGGCGACCUUCACGCGCAAAAAAGCUUACCGCGCCAUUGAGUCGCAUAUUAAAAGGACCGGUCUCGAUGGCAAGAAGUGCCUUCUGAGGGCUAUUUGUGAAGCAUCCGAAAUUCCGCUGGGGGAAAACAAUGGCGUUGUUGGUGAUAUCAUACAUAUUCUUCUGAGCCCAUCGACUUCUGUGGACGAAGGACUACCACCAGAGUUUUACAAGGCAGAGAGGCUCGGUCGGGAAGGUCGGUGCCAGAAGUAUCGCAAACAUUGCGAUGAGAACGUUCUGGAUCACAUAAGCUUUUUGCUCUAAAAUCGGCCUGAAAUAAUGAAUCAUGACAUAAU